AUGGCAACGGAAACCCAAACGUCCCAAGGUCCCGGUGCUGGCUUCGACUUCAAACUCUACCGGUAUACUCCGUCACUACCUGCAGCGAUUGUCAGCGUCGUUGUCUUCGCCAUCCUCACAUUUCUUCACACAUGGCGGCUGUACAAAGCACGAGCCUUCUACUUCACCGCCUUCACGAUUGGUGGUUUAUGUUACUGCGGUAGAAUCUGGAGUCAUUACGAUAAGCUUUCGAUUGGCGGGUUUGUAAUACAAGCUAUCCUGAUUCUCGUCGCUCCAGCCCUAUACGCCGCUUCGAUUUACAUGAUACUGGGCCGUCUCAUUCGAACGGUUAGAGGCGAGCAUCUUUCAUUGAUUCCGGUGAACUGGGUGACACGCAUCUUCGUCACUGGGGAUGUGGUUGCGUUCUCGCUCCAGGCGGGAGGCGGGGGCAUACAAGCUGCGGGUACGCUGGAACUAUACGAAGCGGGUGAGAAAAUCAUUAUAGCAGGGCUUUUUGUCCAGAUAGUGGUUUUUGGAUUCUUCGUCCUCACCUCUCUUCUCUUCCACUACCGCCUCGCGAAGACCCCAACAAACACCGCCAAUGGAAGCACGCCCUGGAAGCGGUAUCUUGUCGUACUUUAUAUCACGAGCGCCAUCAUUCUGGUCCGAAGCAUCUUCCGAGUCGUCGAGUAUCUACAGGGAAAUGGCGGUUAUCUCAUUUCUCACGAGAUAUUCCUUUACAUGUUCGACACUCUUCUAAUGGCCGUCGUUAUGGCCAUCUUCCUGGUUUGGUAUGUCGAACAGCUUGAGGAUAAAAGGCAGAGAAAGUCGGUGGAAGACCGCGAUACAUCAGGAUCGAACGAUUUCAUACUGGAAGAGGCGCGUAAGUGA